AAAGUAGUAAUAUUUAGUAAGCUUUGUAACCUCAAAAAUUACGUAAAUCUAUCAAAUCAAAAAUAAUUUACAAAUAAGCAAGUUUUAUUAUAGUAACCAGCAAUGGCUGGAAAUCUUAAAAAGUCAACCUAUAUUACAGGUUUAGCUGUUGCUAAGACACCUCAUCAUACGUUGGGUGCGCUUUAUAAUAAAAUUUUACGUGUUUUACAAAAAAUGCCAGAAGAUGCAGCUUACAGGAAGUAUACAGAAGAAGUUAUAAAUGAAAGAUCAUCAAUUUUAAAAUCUACAAAAGAUAUUAGCGAAAUUGAAAAGAAAAUUUGUUCUGGACAAGUAGAAGAACUUAUAGUUCAAGCCGAAAAUGAACUACUUUUAGCUAGAAAAAUGCUCAUAUGGAAACCAGUACAAAAAAAAUAUACUAUCUAA